ACCGCUAUGGAGGCUAGUUGAGCGGCGAUUACCGCUAUGGAGGCUAGUCGCGCGGCGAUUACCGCUAUGGAGGCUAGUCGCACGGCGAUUACCGCUAUGGAGGCUAGUCGCACGGCUACACUCCGCGUGAAGCGGAAGCCCAGCGAGGAGCCUGCCGAGGCCCUGGUCCUCGCCUGUAAACGCUUCCGGAGAGAUGCGGGGGAGUCGGCGGUCCAAGAGACACCCCCCCGAGGGUCUGUAGAAAACAGCAGAGAAAAAUGUCUUCCAGUUGGUGGCCACCACAUGCUCCCAGGAGGACCUGGUCCAGCCGCUCCUGCGCGCUCUGCCCCGACCCCGGGCCACCCCUCAGUGUAUCCGCCACAAGAGUUGCUCCCUGAGCGGUUAACUAUAUCUGAGGAUGGACCAAGUGUCGGGCACCGGGAGGAAGAGAAGGAUGACUAUGUGUAUGACAUUUACUACUUGGAGACAGCCACUCCAGGAUGGAUUGAGAAGGACCUCUCUGUGCAGCCCUUAAGCCAGGAGUGGGAGCUGGUGGAUGAUGGCAAACAACUAGAGGACGUUGAUGAAGAGGAAGAUGAAGAUGAUGAGAAUAGUGAGAAUAAUUGGCGCAAUGAGUACCCAGAGGAGGAGAGCAGUGAUGGAGAUGAAGAUUCCAGAGGCUCUGAUGAAUGCGACAGCCUCAGUGAAGAGGAAAGAGGCAAUAGCAGACCACAUAUGUGGAGCAAAUACCCUUUGUAUGCGCAGGAGGAGUUUGGCUAUGACAGCACUUAUGACCUGGCCUGGGACUGAGGAUCCUGUGACAACCAUGAGGUUCUAUCACAGGCCCUUGAGGACUUUGACUGCCUUAUCAGCCACCCUGGUAGUGUUUCCUGGCAUAACACACAGAAGGAGGAAGCAUGUCCAACAGCACCGUCAUAGCAGUGAAAAAGGGUGCUGAAAGAGUAUCUCUUUUCCAUUAAUAGUAGGAUGCCAGACCUUGAUUGAAUUACUUAUACCGCCCUGCCACUCCCCCCAAGGUCUUAAUCAUGAAUUUGAAUGUCAGGAUGUUUAUUACUCAGAUUAAUUACAGUAUAUUAUUUUAAAUGUCAAAAAAAUAAUAUUUUUAUUAAAUUAAAAAAAAAUAGUAGGA